AUGGCAUCGGACGGUAAAGAUGUGAUUCCUAGCUGGGAUGGUUCUGCCCGUACAUGGAGAAGGUAUACUAGGGAGGUUGCAUGGUUCUUUCGUGCUACACCAUCACACAAACGAAGAGAUGUAGCUACAAAACUGUUGAGCAGGUUGACAGGUUCUGCACGUCUUUUGGCUAUGUCAUGGACGGAUAUGGCUUUGGAUGAUUAUGAUGGCACUCGAACCUUGCUCCGAAGGUUGUCAGCCAGCCCUCUGGUCAGGCAGUCGCUGCCCAACGCCUCAGCGAUAUGCUCCCAGUACUUUGACUUCAAGAGGCGCCCUGGCGAACCGAUGACGGCAUUUCUAGUCCGUGAAUCUCUAGGCUAUGCUGAAUUUGUUGAAUCCCUAGUUCGUCUUGCAGAAGAGAAGAAGGGUUCUAGCUCUGAGACUUCUGAUUUUGGUUUACCACCGAAACCUCAUGAUGAUGCUGGUUGGGAAUAUGAUGAAUGGUCACAUGAUGAUGGGGGACUUGGUUGGUUUUGGCAACAUGAUCAAGAUGAUGUGGGGGUUCAAACUUCUCCUGCAUCAGCUGCUGCUGGACCAGCUGGGGACAGCGGCUCGCCUGCGUAUCAACGAGUUCCUCGUGACAAAACUGAGAUCAACGAGCUGACUUUUGCUGACUCCUUUGUUUUAGGCGUUUUGCGGGGUUUUAGAAUUCUUCAAGCUGCUGGUCUCACGCCAGAUGAGCGACGGGUGAUUUUGUCAUCUACACGAGGAUCACUGGAAUUUGAGGAGACCACUAAAGCACUGCAGACCUUAUGGGACGAACAAUUUGCUGGCCAACGCCAUCAGACUCACCAGGCUCAUUUUCAGGAGUCUUUUGCUGCAGAACGAGAUGAACAUGAAGAUCAGUUUUGGGAAGAUGCCAACUAUGCUGAGGACUGGUCAUACUAUGACUCGUCAUGGGACUGGCCAGAAACUUAUGUUGCAGAGCAAAUUCCUGAAGAACCACAGGAGAAUCCUGAAGAUGAUGCGGCCAUCCGAGAGGCUCAGCAGGCAGAGAAGGUGGCCGAAAGCCUGGCAGUUGAGGCCCAGCGUACUUGGAGUGAGGCACAGCGUGCCACCGCAGCCUUGAGAAAGGACAGAGGCUUUCGUCAACACUCCAUGUCUGGCAACAGUCAGAAGGGCAAGGGCUUCUGGAUUUGUAAUGGUCCGCACCUCUCACGUGAUUGUCCUGACCGGCAACAUGCACACUAUACCAAGGGCAAGUCCAAGGGCAAAUUUGGCUAUGCUGCAGAGUUUUCACCUUGGGACUACCAGGCCUAUGAUGACUUCUACAUGGGCCGCUCCAAGGGCAAGAAGGGCAAGUCUCACCACUGGCUAGAGUCUCAAGCAUGGCUCAAGGGCAAGGGUCCUCGACAUGCUGGCUCUGGAAAGGGUCCUUUGAGACCACCAGUCAAUGCGUAUCACUCUGAGCUUUUUGUUGGCGGCCUGGAGAUGCUUCGUAUUCCCAAUGAGCUGCAAGCUUCCACAAAGGUGGAGAAGCUGACCGAGAUUCAGCAAUCAACGCCAGAGAAAGCCUCGCCACCACCCUUCGACGAGGCCGAACCUUCCAGCACACAGUCCAAGGCCAAGGCGAAGGCCAAGGCCUAUCCGGUGUCAACCUCAAUUGCGACACCUACGCACAUGGUGGAGGAGCAGGAGGAGAUGGCCAACUUGGCACACGACCUCCACAACUUCCUGACCGCCGAGGAGAUGGAUCACGUGCGAACUUUGGUGGCAAAUCGUCAGGCGGCGAUCAACAUGGAGUUCGGCGUGAUGAACCCCGAGGAGGAGCAAGUGGUGGAGGAGGUUCAACGAUGGCGAUGGCUCUACAUCCUCUACCCGGCCGAUGGCGUCGAAGAGAUCUAUGACAUCACCACCAACUAUAAAAUCGACGUCUUCCUCUUCGACUUCGACAUCAUCAUCGAGCUCUACGCCCUUGACGAGAUCUAUGGCUGCCAAGGUUCUGCUGAUGGCUACAACCUUGCUGACCUCUAUGGCAAACAAACACUGGCUGAUGCGGAUUAUCGACAAGUUCAUCGCAGCUCACCACUUGGACUUCGCCAAGACGUACCUGCACCACAUCAUUUUGUACCUCCUGCAACUGGCUCGGCAUCUCAGCCAAGUGUGAUCGCUCCGGUGACCUCUUUGGCGACUUCGCAGCCUAGUGCGAUGCCAAGUGUGAUCGUUCCGGCGACCUCUUCGGCGACCUCGCAGCCUAGCGCGAUUGCCCCUGCAACUUCUGCAGGCGCCAGCUUGCCGGUGAAUGACUAUGGUGCUGGUGGAGAGACUGCGGAAAUGGUUGACGAUUCACCACCUUUGACUGCAUCAGAGGCCAAGAAGCAGAAGCUGGAGUUCUUGACUUCAAAUGGGUUGAAACCUUGGAACAAGAAGCACCACAUGAGAUCACUGAGCAUGAUGUUCUCAGCUGUUUACAAUCCUAUGACGGGGAGUGUCUAUGCUUCGAGCUGGACUUGGACUUUAGCUCCCACCGUCAGCAGAAGAACUUUUAGCGUGAGAUCCAUGCUGACGUGGUUUUUGCACAAGGGCACGCUGCUGGACGAGGAGGACAUUCUUCCGACUGCAGUCCCCACCCGUGAUGUGCAAGAUGGGCAUUCUUUCGCUGCGAUGCUUGCAGGGCACCGUACAGAUGUGGAAGGUGCAGUGACCUCUGCUCCGCUUCAGGUGGCCAGAGCCAGCCAUGAAGAUGUCCCAGGUCAAAAUGUCUCUUCUGAGCAGCCUGAUGAAGAACCGCCAGCAAACGAUGAUUCUGCAACAUUGGCACUUGAGUCAGUCAACAUUCCAUCCGCCACCGAUGCUACCGGCUUCAGGGGCCCCUUUUUAGGCCUUUCAUUUGGUUCUUUCCUGAACUUCCUGAACCUCUUCGGCCAGUUGGGCAGGAGAUCCAUGCUGACGUGGUUUUUGCACAAGGGCACGCUGCUGGACGAGGAGGACAUUCUUCCGACUGCAGUCCCCACCCGUGAUGUGCAAGAUGGGCAUUCUUUCGCUGCGAUGCUUGCAGGGCACCGUACAGAUGUGGAAGGUGCAGUGACCUCUGCUCCGCUUCAGGUGGCCAGAGCCAGCCAUGAAGAUGUCCCAGGUCAAAAUGUCUCUUCUGAGCAGCCUGAUGAAGAACCGCCAGCAAACGAUGAUUCUGCAACAUUGGCACUUGAGUCAGUCAACAUUCCAUCCGCCACCGAUGCUACCGGCUUCAGGGGCCCCUUUUUAGGUGUCAUUGGCGUCCACUACCUGGAAGUUCCCACAGUUGACCAACACGCAUACGCCAGACAGACCCUCGCAGACCUCUUUGCCACAACAUUCGAUGGCCCAUCUUAUUUUGGAGCAAGCAUUGUCACCUCUGCGGCAGUGGUGUUGUCAGUAUUUCGCCAACGUGGGCAGCAAGAGAGACUGCGCCUGGGGAUCAACAAUGCGGCUCCAGCACCUCAUGGGGCUGGAGGAGGAGUCAUGGGAGUUGGUGGACCAGUUGUCCCGGUCGGAGGAGGUGGCGGUGGACCUGCCGUCCCAAACCUGGCUGGAGGCAGCGGCCCUGCGAUGGCAGCAGGUGGUCACGCAGCCCUCGCAGCUGCAAUCAAUGUGGAAGGAGCAGAUCCAGCAGCCCAUGCCGACGAUGCCCGUACGUUGGCCAUUUCAAGGGAUGUCGAUGGACUGAGGUUCAAAGAAUUCCGUGUUGCGGUCCAGGAGUCAAAGCCGACAGAGUUCAGCGACUGGCCGAUCUCCGGGCCAAGGACAGUGAAGUAUGUCCUCAGUCAGAUGCUCGACCAUGGUGGCUCAGCGAUGGGGCAUCACCAGGCUUGGAGGGUGGCUUGCAAGCUUCAACCUACGGAUGCACCAGCCAUGGAACACGAGGCUUGGUCGAAGGUUCUGCAGACUUUGAUGACCUACGAUCAGGUCGAUGUGACCAACUUGGCAGGUGGAGAGAUGAUAGUCAGGGCCCUUCAGCGAAUCGAGGAGAAGCACAAAUUCAAACUGUCAGCGGUGGACGAUGCAGGAGAGGGUGCCCUCUUCAUGGGCUCGAGCAGUGGAUCCCUGGAUUGGCUCCGAGAUGCAAAAGGAGGCUCUGGUCGCAAAAGAGCGCAGAAAGGCAAGGGAGGAAAGGGCAUUGGCAAGGAAGGGGGACAAGGAUGGAGCGGCGUCCAAGUGGCGGGUGUGGAAGUUGCUGGUCCUGACCUUCUUGGAGGAGAUCGCCAACGUAACAUCUUCCCCUUGCCGCCGAUCUCUGAUGAUUUUCCGGCCCUCCAGCACAUCUCUGAUGCCUUCAAGGAUGUUUCUGUUGUUCACGAAUGUGACCCUGGUCGUUCUUCGUUGGAUGAUUUGUGCUCCUCAUCACGGCUGUAUCAAGUUGACAGAAGUGAUGUUGUGUCGUAUGCCAGAGAGCUUGUCUCUUGGCCCAAGGUUGAAACAUCUCCUAUCCCUUUGGAGCGGUGUCUUCCGGUGGCUGACAUUGAAUGGCUCGCGACUUGGCGGCAGCACAUGCUCAAGCCAGAGGGCAGCUGUGAUAACCCAAAUAGCCCCAAACGGCCCUACAUGGAUCCCAUUUUGAAACACAAACAAAACGACUAUGAAAAUUUCAUACGUGAACUCCGUCAGAGACACAUGAUUAAGUUCAAGCUUGAUACUUCUGAUGCUGGUGAUUUGGGGAUGUUUUUUGUGCGGAAGAAGAAUGGAUCACAGCGACUCAUCUUUGACACGCGGAUCCUCAACAACAAAUUUUUGGACCCUCCUUCAACUGACCUUCCAUCAGCUGACGCUUUCACUCGUGUUGAAAUGCCUGAGAACCGGCCAUUUUACAUUGGGUCGGGGGAUUUGGCCAAUGCAUUUUACACACUCAGUGUUCCAGACGAUCUUGGGCGCAUGUUCGCUCUGCCUGCCGUCAGGGCAGAUCGGAUUGGCAUUGACGAGGUCGAUGGGAAUACACUGAGGCCAGGAACUAUGGUCUGCCCUUAUCUUAUUGUAUUACCUAUGGGUUGGUCUUGGGCUUUACAUUUGUGUCAGAGCGUCAUGAUGCAUGCAAUUUCACAGUCAGGUUUUUGCAGUCAACAGAUUAUCAGUGACAAGGGGGCCCCAGUCAGAAUCAGCAAUUUAGAUGACAUGGCUUGUGGUGGUUAUGUUGACAACUUUGUAAUCAUCGGCAAUGACCCUGAAGCCGUGAACGCAGGCCUGGCGAGAAUCAGUGAUAGGCUGCGAUCGCUAGGGUUGACGGUCCAUGAAGAGGAACCAGCUUCGCUGCAUGCCACGUUUGUUGGCCUGGAUUUUAAUGGGUCAAGUGGUGUUGUCAGUCUUAAACCUCAAAGGAUCCUUAACCUACAGAAGGCCAUUCGUGAGCUGCUUCUGCGAAACUUUGCGAGCGGUGAUUUGCUCCAGCUCAUUUUGGGCCACAUCACAUGGGCAUUGAUGUGUCGGCGAGAAGGGCUGUCUAUUCUGAAAUCUUGCUAUGCUUUUGUUCAUCAAAACCAAUCGAAAGCUUGCCGGCUUUGGCCCUCAGUGCGGUUUGAGCUGGACCUGAUUGCAUCCCUCUUACCUCUGUUUCGAACCAAGUUGAAUGUUGGAUGGUCUGAUGAUAUUUGUGCUUCUGAUUCAUCCCCCUUUGGCUAUGGGAUUUGUCACAGAAAAGGUGAGCGGGAAGUUAUCCAGGCUGUUGGUUCUCAGAGUGAGAGAUGGCGAUUCAGAUUUGAGGACGCCGUUGAUGCCCGGCGCCAUGCUGCAAAAACUUGUGGGUUCAAGGAGCUCAGCAAAUCACAGUGUAAUGGUGGCCAUGCAGAAGUUUGCAAAGAUGAACAUGUCAAUCACAUUUUUGAUGAAGGUUUCAAUAACAGUAUUUUCGACAAAGUCCCUCAUGCGUUGUUGAAUCCCAAUGACUGGUCAGUAGUUUGGUCUCAUCCAUGGAAACAUCAAGACAACAUUUUACAUACAGAAGCGUUGGCUUUGGUUUGGUCCAUUGAGCAUGCACUUAGGGCGAAUCGGAAUUUUGGCAAACGUAUUCUUUUUCUGGCUGAUAAUCUUCCGUUGACCUUGAGCGUUUGCAAAGGUAGAGCCAAGUCAUCGUUUCUCACCCGUCCUCUCAGAAAAAAUUGUGCCCUGGCGUUGGCGACUGGUUCAAGAAUUCAUGUCAGGUGGAUCCCCUCGGAAUGGAAUGUGGCGGACCAACCAUCGCGAGGGCUCAAUCAGUGGUCCUCACGAGGAUUGAAAAGCUGGUUCUCGGAUGAUUGCGGAAGUUUGGCUCGCCGCCCCGUUUUGAAGGGCACACUGACAAAGAGCCAGGAGCGGGCCAGGGAGAGGACCUUGAGGAGGCGGGAAGUGGUGAGACAGGAUGCAAUAGUUCCCCCUGGCAUGACAUACCUGGAGUCCCGAAGUGUGAGAACACCAACGAUUCUGGACUACACAAAGAGGCUUCAGGAGUUUCAGGGUUGGAUGAACAUGCAUCAGAUCAACAUAGCAUCACCCCCGGACCUCGACUCUGCAGCAAUGGAGUUCCUCGAGGACCUGUUCGAGGCCAAUCAGGGUGUCAACGACGGGGUGAGGGUCAUCGCAGCGAUCAAGUUUUUCUGGCCCCAUUUAGCAAAGGAAAUCCCCCGGACCAGCCGGGCACUGAAAGGUUGGAACUUGGCAGCUCCGCCUCAACAGCGGAUGCCAGUGCCAAUCGAGGUGCUGUCGGCCAUCAUGGGCGUUUUUCUGCAGCGGGGGAGCCGGGAGUCAGCUCUGAGACUUUUCAUCCAGUUUGUGACAUACAUGAGGCCUGUGGAAUGCAGUCAGUUGUUGGUGAAGCAAUUAGUGAGACCACAGGGGAGCGUGAAUCAGUCCUUCAACUUUUGGGCGAUCCUUCUCCAUCCCAUGGAAGAUCUCACCCCCGGAAAGACAGGGAUUUUCGACGGGUCCGUUGCUCUGGAUUCCGAUCUUUGGGUCAACGUUUUUCUGGAGAGGAGACCCAUUUUGGAAGUGAAGCAGUGCGGCAGGUGGUCGUCGGACAGUUCCCUAAAAAGGUACGUCAAAGAGGCCCGGCUUCAAGCAGAGCUCUCCAAGGUGCCCAGGUCAAUCAAGGAGUUCGGCCAGUUAGUGCUGCAGAAUCUGCCUGUUUUCAUGGAAAAUCCAUCCCUAGUCCCAAAGAAAGGGAAUGGAAUCAUCAUGUGA